CUCUAUUUGGAUCGAUCGGCACGGCCAUGGCAUCGCGAGGCUGCCACGGGGGUUUUUCCAGCACUUACAUGUUACUGAAGCCCGAAGAAGUGCGUUUGUUUGAUCUCAUUCACAUCUUGUUCUUCCCCAACUUGCAUAAAACAAAGUUCGUGGAUUCCCCUGAAGCCACUUUCAACGAUGGCUUCCGCCACAGAUGGCUUAUUUUUAUCUCUAUCUUCGCUCAGAAAUUUCUUCAGUCCGUAGCCAAACCCCUCGCUUCCAUUGGAUCUUUCGCUGAAAUGUGGCUCAACCUCGUUUCCAGCAACCACAACCUCUUCCAGCUCCUCCUUAACUUCCUCACAGGCAAAGUUGAGAAGCCAGAUAAGACGUCAGCGAAAUAUUUGUCGUUUAUUGGAAACUUGGACAAGCGAGUGCAGUUGGAUGAUAGAAUCAGGCGUGGGGACAGCGGGUAUAAUGCUGCAGUUUGUAUGAUGGCCUCUAAAGCAGCCUAUGAGAAUGAAGCUUACCUUAGAACUACUGUCCAAGAUCGCUGGAAGAUGGAGUUCGUGGGGUCCUACGACUUCUGGAACGAAUACCAAGAAAAAGCCACAACUCAAGCUUUCAUCGGGCUGGACAAAAGUGAGGAGGUUGAUACUUACGUAGUUGCAUUCAGAGGAACAGAAGCCUUCGAUGCGGAUGCAUGGUGCUCGGAUUUGGAUAUCUCGUGGUACAAGAUUCCAGGCACUGGCAAAAUCCACGGUGGCUUCAUGAAAGCCUUGGGGCUUCAGAAGAAUGUGGGUUGGCCCAAGGAAGUCGCCGUCAGGCACGAAGAUAGUGUCAGUGAUCAUCCCCCCGUAGCCUACUAUGCAAUUAGGAACAUUCUAAGAGAUUGUUUGUCUGCGAAUAACAAAGCCAACUUCAUAUUGACGGGUCAUAGUUUGGGCGGGGCGCUUGCCAUCCUGUUUCCAGCAAUCUUAGUGUUGCACGACGAGGCCUUUUUAUUGGACAGGCUGGAUGGGGUUUACACGUUUGGGCAACCAAGAGUGGGAGACGAAGCCUUUGCAGAGUUCAUGGAACAAAAGUUGGAGGAUCAUGGGAUCAGGUAUCACAGGUUUGUUUACUGCAAUGACAUUGUUCCCAGGCUGCCUUACGACGAUCUGAUGUUCAAGCAUUUUGGGACAUGUUAUUACUACAACAGACACUACCAAGCUAAGGUAGUGAAAGAAGAGCCGAACAAGAAUUACUUCUCGCCACUGCUGGCGAUACCGAUGAUGGUGAACGCGUUUUUGGAACUAAUAAGGAGCUUCGCAAUUGUGUACAUAAAGGGAAGUGAGUACAAAGAAGGUGCUGCUUCCUUUUCUAAUUCGUGCACUUCCUUUCGUUUCCCCAUAAAUUCUAUUCCAAUCUUCGCCCAAUCUCCCACAGCUUUUUCCUCGCAGUACAAAGCCCGGUUUUUUAUUUUUGAAUUUUCCCAUUAGAGGGGACCUUCGGAUUA